AUGCCGCUCUUCUGGACAGCGAGGCACUCUUACUCUGAGCUAGCUAGUGCCAGCGACGAUCUUGAAGCUGAGGAGAAAAUCACAGCAUCACUUCACAGUGCCCGGCGAUACAACAGUGCCGCGCGAUACUUCUGCUAUGCUGUAGCAUUGGCCGUGGCUGGUAUUACUUCGUGCAUCAUUGAUCGAACACUGCUGAGGAGUCACACCUGUGAUUACUCGCCUCAAUUCAGCGAUGCACGCUCCCCAUCUCCAUUUCUGGCGCUCAUCGACCGGAGUUGGCACACCGAGACUUUCAGCGAGUUGAACUUCAACAAACCGUACGACUCAGAAUACACACGUCCGGCUACGCUUGGAGAUGACGUCGCAGAAGAAGUCGAUCGAUACUGGGCUGAUCUCGGCGCCUAUGAAGCCGAACGCCUACUUCCAGAGGAGUAUGGAAAAUUCCACGACAUUGGGCCACAGCACAACCACAGCUUGACAUCACCAGCCAACAGUCCAUACACCCCAUACACCGGAUACCCCGUGGAGAUCCAAGUGGCUCAUAUGCUGCAUUGCCUGAAUCUCGUUCGGCAAGGGCAGUGGUACAACUUCGACUAUUACCGCAAGCACAGUCCUUCGUUCGGGGAGAACCAAUGGAAGGUCACUCAUGGACAGAGCAUCAUCGAAGCACAUUCGGCGCAUUGCAUCGAGCAACUGCGCCAGUAUCUCAUGUGUGACGUGGACAUUCGGCUGGUGCCUUUCGGAGACCUAGAUGACAACGAAAUUGGACCACAGCCGAUCUUCGCACAGAAGAAGCAGUGCAGGAACUUUGAUUCAUUUUGGAGGUGGUUCAUGAUGACAAAGUGGGAUCAGAACCCAAAGAAUCAUGGCGUCCGAGGACAUGUGCCUCCUGUGAUUAGCUUCAGUGGAUUGAAGGGAACUUUUCAUGAAUAG